AAUCCAGGCCUAACAUAAGCGUUUACUGUCUUCUCUGCAAACGACUUGCAGAGAAAAUCAUAAAACCCCUCAAAAAUUCCCUCUUUCUCUCUCUAACUUUACCAUGGUUUACAUUGCUUCCUGGGAUGAAUUCGUGGAGAGAUCCGUCCAAUUAUUCCGCGCCGAUCCCGAAUCUACUCGUUAUUUGAUGAAAUACAGACACUGUGAUGGCAAAUUAGUUCUCAAAGUCACCGAUAACAAACAGUGCCUCAAGUUUAAGACUGACCAAGCACAGGAUGCAAAGAAGAUGGAGAAGCUUAACAAUAUAUUCUUUGCUUUAAUGGCUCGAGGUCCUGAAGUGGAUAUUACAGAAGUCACAGGGAAAGAACAGAUGGAGGCUCAACCGUCAAAGAAAGGAAGGGGAAGAAAACAAUGACUUGCAGCUUUGAUGUUUGACUAGAAACUAGGGGUUGGGAUUGGCAUGUUACUGCUGGAGCACGAGUUAUUGCGCAGAUAUUUUUUCAUUGCUUUACAGAUUUUGUCAUGAUGUCAAUAUUAUUUUAGCCAAGGGCAAUGGACAAGUAGUAAUUUUCACAAAGAAUGAUUCAGGCCUGACUUUUUCUUUGCAAGUUCGUCUAAGAAUGCUGUAUAAAGCCCAGCCUAAUAUGGCUCGGUUCUUUGCUUUAUGCAACUUGUGAAGAGCAUUAACACAUUGUGUUGGUGGGUAUGUAGUAUGUAGCAUAUUUUUCACCUGA